AUGGAACGUGAAAUUUUAUCAGCAAAGAAAUCAGAGGCUCUUUACAAGUUGAUCAAGACGUACAAGAACGAGGAUAAAGUGCGAACUGGUACAAACGAGACAAUAAAAGCAGUCAAGAACGGCACAGCAGUGCUCGUUGUCCUCGCAGACAACUCAGUUCCACUCUGCUUGACCAAUGCCAUUGUUGACUUGUGUGAGCAGCAGGGGAUUCGGUUUGUCUACGUGGAGCAGAAGGAGCUGCUUGGAAAGGCGUGUCUUCUCACGACCAAUGCCAUUUCACUCGCAAUUGUCGAAGACAAGGAGAAUGAUAGCAGCCAGAUGCUCAAGGCCCUCUCUGUUGUAUAA